CCUGGUAGCUACUGCACAAAAACAUGACGGCUGGCUGCUGCAGACUUGGGUACCACGAAUGCAGAGUGUAGCAGCUGGUUGUCGUGACAGACCUUAAAACUUUGAGCUUCCUUUAACUCUUAGUUUGCAAGUGAAACUUGUAAAACUUUACGGUAUCUUACGUAGUUUUAUCCGUGAGGAAAGCUGUGGGGAAACUUGUAUUUACGAGUUUCGGGGCUAAAGAAACAAAGAAAGUCGCUAGCACUUUUUGAAGCAGUAGUUAGGCCAAAAUUAGCAUGUCGGUCGACGCAAAUCAAGUUAAAAGCCGUCCUAUCCCCACCAGGGUGCUUACCCUGAAGGACUGGUCCCAGCUACCAGACUGUUACAGCCAAACACCCGGGGGUACCCUGUUCUCCACCACGCCUGGAGGCACCCGCAUCAUCUAUGACAGAAAGUUCCUCUUGGAUUGUCGAAACUCUCCUCUUGCUCGGACCCCCCCAUGCUGUCUUCCCCAAAUCCCAGGGGUAACUGUACCAGCCACACACUCCACGGGGAAGUUGCAGGAUCUCAAAGAGGAGGAAGAAGAGGAAGAGAAAGACAUUGCAGGUAAAUGUCUUGUACAUAUAAGAUUCAUUUGUGUCACCACAACUUGUAAUGUGGAAUUUUACUUGAUAUAUAUUGAGUCUCCUGAAAGUUCAGAAUCCUUAUUGUUCCCUUUAUUUGUGAGAGUGAUGUCAGCCAACACAAUUUUAUCAAUCUGAACACUCAGGAUAAAUACUGGGAGGGGAAAAAAGCUUUGCAUGUGACUGAGGUGCCCAAAACAAAUAGUUCAAUAAUUUGUUUUGCAAUGUGCAGCUGUUGGGUUAGGGUGGUGGGGGGCAUGCCAACACUGAUAAAAGGGAUUAAUAAGCUUCAAGGCAUAUGAGCCCAUGAAAUGGAACCUGUUCUUAAGUAAAACCGUUUUUGAUUCCUGUCCUUUUCCUAACCCCUGAGGUAGGUGUGUGUGUGUGUGUGUGUGUGUGUGUGUGUGUGUGUGUGUGUGUGUGUGUCGCAAUUGACAUUAAAUCAUCCUCCCCUCUCAGAUUUUUCUAACUGAUACAAAGAAGGCUCCACUGACUGUUUUAUGACUAAGUCGAAAUGCUGAUUAAGCCAGCGUGUCCAGCCUUAACCAUCAUAUGCAUACAGCCUGCUGUUCUUGCAGUCCUCAACUCUGCAGCUGAACUGUUUGUUAGCUGUUUACCUUUUUAUUAAAAAGAGGCCAGCAGUUUAGUGGUAAACAAUCAUGUCUGACAAAGUGACUUUGCACGAUUAACAGUUCAAAAUCUGGUUAUCUUAAACUGCAUAGAUGUUGUUCCUCUCUUUAGAACCAUUUUAGCUGUCUUUUGAUUGGCGGCCCCUCAUGGACAGAAGUCAGAAAGUUGUGUGAGAUGAUCACAUGUUCAGGAUAUUGUUUUCUGGGCAAGGAGAAUAAAACAACUCAAGGAAUGAGCAUUUAGACGAGUGUUAAGCCUGAGCUUGUGACUCACUGCGAUUACUUGUACAAACACAGCCAAAGAUUCAGAUCAUAAUGUCACAGGCUGAGGAAAAGCAUCAUAUUUCCACUUUUUUUUUUUUUUUUUUUAAGUUUAAUGUCUUUUGGUAAACAACUUGACUUAUU